AUAAGUUUUACUAUGUUUUAAAUAGUAAUGUUAAUAUUAAAAAAUUUUUUUCUAUUAUGGAACUUCAUGACAUAACUGUAAAAAAUAUUAAAAAUUUUCAAAAAAAAAAAGUUAUGUUAGAUUAUGAAAUAAUUUUGUAAUUGGUAGCACAUUAGUUAGAAGAAGAAAACAUUAGUAGUAAUAAAAAUAAUAAUUAUCUAUUUAAUUUCAUUAAUUAAUUUAGUUAAAUUAAAAUUUAAUAAAAGAAAAAAGGAAAAAUGAAUUUAAAUAAAUUUUUUUGUGGAAUUUUUUUAAUAUUUUUAAAAAUGAUUUCUGUGAAUUGUGGAUAUAUAAAUAUGUCAAUCUACUAUAAAUUUCCACCACUUCACGAAUAUGAUUAUUAUGAGCGAUGCUUUUAUGAAAAUCCUUCAAAACUUUCAACAUACUGUAUGACAGAUAUACAAGUUAUACCAAAUAAUCAAUCAGAAUUAUGGAGAAAUAUUGAGGAAUUUAAUGAAGACAAUUUACGUCACUUUCGGCAUGAUAAAAUGUUUUAUGGAAUUUGUAUCGAAUGGUGCGAAAAUAUGUUAAAGGAUUUAAGUGGUUCAGAGCGUGAACAACUCUACAAUGGACUGCUGCCAAAUAAAAAGCUAGUAGAUUAUAAUGACGAUUUAUAUUUCAAAGAAGACGAAAAUCGUAAAAAAUAUAAUAAAAUAGUUAAUCAAUGUCUUAAUUUUAAAUUUCAAAAACAAUACAACCUGUCAGUAACAUCUUAUAUCAAAUAUUGUGAUACAAAUAAAGAUAAAAUUGAAUUCGAUAAUCUGGACAUUGCAUUUAUAAUUAUUACAAUAAUUUUAUUUUCCUUAAACGGACUUUCAACGUUAUAUGAUUUGCAUCUAAAAAGAAAACGGCCAGUGCAUUUACAAACAAAUCAAUAUUAUAAGGAACCAAUAAAAAAUAUCCGUCAACAUGUAUUACUGGCAUUCUCUGUAUGCAGAAACUAUUUUCGUUUAACAAAACUAACAUAUGAUUCAACAAGUUAUAAUAAAGAACUUCGUUUUGCCGAUUGUUUUAAAUUUGUUAUGAUGUUGGCCGUUAUUACCACUCAUGUGGCUCAAUUACAAAUUAGUUGCGGUUUCCAAAAUACUGAAUAUAUAGAAAAAUUUUUACAUCAACCUGAUAAAAAUAUUUUAAUUAAUGGUACCGGUCUAAUGCAAAGCUUCUUCGAAAUUAGUGGUUUCUUAAUAAUGAUAAAUUUUCAUGAGAAUAUAUCAAAAUUAAAAGGAUAUAAAAUUCGAAGCAUACCAUUAUUUUUUAAGAUGCUCUUCUUCAGAUAUAUAAGACUAACACCGCUUUUGGCUUACGGGGUAUUUUUUAACUCAACGAUUUUUCUAAAACUUGGAAGAGGACCAUUAUGGAGAUUCGCUGCUGAAAGAGAAAAAGUAUUUUGCCGCAGAAAUUGGUGGAUUACAUUAUUUUACUUACAAAAUUAUGUCGAUGUUGAGAAAACGUGCAUGCCACAGUCAUGGUAUAUUUCAGUUGAUUUACAAGCAUACAUAGUAUGUUCUUUUAUUAUGAUUUUAUGUUACAAACAUCCACAUAGAGCAAAUUUAAUAUUGGGUACAUCAAUAUUUAUUGCAACUAUAAUGGCAGCUAUACCAGAACUUGCAUUUGAUCUUUCGGGUUUAUAUUUUCAUCAUGCAGAAUAUUUCCGGCAUUUUGCAUAUUUUAAUGUUGAUUUCAAAAAAAUAUAUGUUCCGUUACAUAUGAAUUUAGUAGGCCAUUUAUGUGGUCUUUUAACAGGCAAAGUAUUUUUAUAUUUCAAAUCAAUAAAUUUUAAAAUGAGCGAUAGCAAAUUACGUAUUUUCGUAUUUUAUGCAAUCAUACCUCUUACAUUUGCUUUAAUAUUAACUCAAGAAUUUUAUUACCAAUAUAAAGUACCAAGUAUUUUAGCUGCAUUACAUGGUAGUUUAUAUAGAAUAACUUACGGUUUGUUAUUUAUGUAUUUUGUAAUUGGUUUAGCAGAUAAAAUUGGAUGGAUGGCAGUUGAAUUUUGUAACUUGUCAGUAUUCAGAAUAUUAGGACGUUUAACAUAUUCUGUUUUAGUAAUUCAAGUUUCAAUACUUUUCUUUAUGUUUGCAGAAAUCAGAACUCUACAAUAUCAAACAGAUUUUAGAUUGCUUAUUUAUGUUCUCGGAUAUGUUGUAUUUAUUUAUGCUGUGGCUUUUUUCAUUACAAUUAUUUUGGAAUUACCAAUUACAGCUUUAAUGAAAGUGCUUAUUGGAUCACAAAAACCACCGAAAAAUGAAGUUUUAGAAAACGAGAAUGAAUUAAAUCAAUUGAACUCAUCAAAUAAAAAUGGUGACAUUGUUUUGUAAAUUUAAGGUGUGUGAUAAUUAUAGUUUAAGUAAAAUUAGAAAAUAAUAUUAUUUUUAAGUUGGUUUUGUAAGAACUUGUAAGAACUUUUGUAAAGUAAUUAUAUUUAUCAUAUAGAUUUGCCAUUUCAUAAUACUUCUUUAUAAAAAAUUUAAAAAAAAAUU